AAUGGUCGGACCACCGGGUUUGCGAGGCAUUCAAGGAUUAACUGGGCCGCUAGGAGCUGCACGAGUGCCCGGAGAAGAGGGGGAAGUGGGCAAAGACGGACGAGAUGGAUCAGACGGAAUCAACGGCAAAGAUGGGACAGUACUUGGUCCUGCAGGACCUAAAAUUGGAUCUAGCGGGAAAGAUGCCAAGGACGGUAAAAACGGCCAAGCGGGCAAAGGAGGCAGAAGCCCUCCAGGUUGUUAACCUUUUUUAAAUUUUUCUAAGAAACUCUAUCGAUUCCCGUUAUU